GCCAUGUUGCUUUGGGUGCUGCUAUCUGCCUCUUAUCGUGGCCUUGGUGAGAAUGGCCAUGAUGAAGGUCCAGAUAACUUUUGUAUUUUCAUUGAUCUUAUUAAGGAUGGUGAAGUCCUCUGUAGAAUUGCUCGUACCUCCGUUAACAAGGUUGUUACUGAGAUGUAA